CGCUUUAAGAACAUUGUGGGCUCAUCCAACCUUACUGCGAAGGACGGGAGUGGAGGAAUAGAUUGGCAUCCCAGUUGAAGCGUCUCCUCCCCACGCCUCAAAAUGUCGCAGCAACGUGUCCUACCUCAGAGCAAAGAAACCCUCCUUCAGUCUUACAACAAGAGGCUGAAAGAUGACAUUAAGUCCAUCAUGGAUAACUUCACGGAAAUCAUCAAGACAGCAAAGAUCGAAGACGAAACCCAAGUGUCUCGGGCGACCCAAGGGGAACAGGACAACUAUGAGAUGCACGUCAGGGCCGCAAAUAUCGUCCGGGCUGGCGAAUCCCUCAUGAAGCUCGUCUCUGACCUGAAGCAGUUCCUGAUCCUCAACGAUUUCCCCUCUGUCAAUGAAGCCAUCAACCAACGCAACCAACAGCUGAGAGGUCUGCAGGAGGAGUGUGACAAGAAGCUGAUCACGCUGCGUGACGAGAUCUCCAUUGACCUCUACGAGCUGGAAGAAGAAUAUUACUCUUCCAGGUACAAAUAAAGCUAUGGACGGUUCCCCUCGUAACCGCAACUGUGCCCGGUUUUGACCCUUGGGGGGGGAAAAAGGCGAUUUUCCUUGCAGAGUUCCUAAACCGCAUCCCCAAAUCCUGGCCCCAAUGCCUGUUUUAGCAGUCCUCGUUUGCAAUUGUUCGAUUAUUUGGAUGGUGACCAUACUGAGUAAAUAGAAUACGUCAUCAUGGAAAUGUACACCUGAUUUCACACGCUAUGGUAAGCCAUAGCGUGGUUUGUUGAAAUCCGGUUUGUCGUUGUGUCCGAACUCAAUCCUGCAAACAAACCAUGGUUUGUUGACCAGCUAGAAACAGAAGCCAUGGUGUAAAUGUCCUUUCCCCAACUUGAUGCCCUCCAGAUGUUUUGGACGACAACUCCCAGCAUUUCUGGCCAUCGGCCACGCUGGCUGGGGCAGAUGAGAGUUGACGUCCGAAACAUCUGGAGGGCACCAGGUUGGGGAAGACAGGCAUGGAUAAAACAACAAAGCCUUACUAAGAUCCUUUUGCCAGCAGUGCCUGCUGAACCUCAUAUUCCACGUAGAUUGGUUUCACACACGCACCCUUCUGGCUUCAGAUUUAGACCAACUUUUUUUGUAGCCGCACCAAAGGAAUCUGAAAGCCUGUGAAUCCAAAAGACGUGACCCUUUGUGCGUGUCCAUAUUUAGACAGAAGAUGCAUUUAUAUUUUUCUUUUGCUUUUUUAAAAAAGUCUUAUGGUG